AUGAGAUUGCCCAGUCGGUAAAGGGGAUUUUGACAUUAUGGCAGCCUGGAUACCGCUGUGACUACAAGGGUGAACGACAACAUGGCUUCCUUUCUACAGAUCGCUGAUGAUGAAAAGGGCCACGAGCUGGAGCUUUUCUGUGUCCCUAAACAUUAUGAAAACGAUUUGGAGAGGGUCAUCAUUCCCCAUGGGCUAAUAAAGGACAGGACCGAGCGCCUGGCCCGGGACAUCAUCAGAGACAUGGGCGGGCAUCACAUAGUGGCGCUCUGCGUUCUCAAAGGGGGCUACAAGUUCUUUGCAGACCUGCUGGACUUCAUCCAAGUGCUGAAUCAGAACUGUGAUAAAUCAGUCCCGCUGACGGUCGACUUCAUUAGAUUGAAGAGCUACUGCAAUGAUGAAUCCACCAACAGCGUCAAAGUGAUAGGAGGGGAUGAGCUGUCCAGCCUCACGGGGAAGAAUGUUUUGAUAGUUGAGGACAUCGUGGAAACAGGGAGGACGAUGAAGACGCUGCUGGCCCUUCUAGACGAAUGCAAUCCUAAAAUGGUUAAAGUUGUGAGCCUUCUGGUGAAGAGGACCCCAAGGAGUUGUGGGUACAGGCCAGACUACACUGGCUUUGAGGUUCCCGAUGAGUUUUUGGUGGGCUAUGCGCUGGACUACAACGAAUACUUCAGAGAUCUCAAUCACAUCUGCGUGCUGACGGAGGAAGCCAAGGAGAAGUACAAGGUCUGAGUAGAAAGUGGUCGGGCUCGGAAUCACCAGUUACACCUCAGGACGCUCUGUUGACUUACUGACGGAUCUAUCCAAAAUGUUACUUUUCCUUUUUUAAUAGAAAUACGAUAUGUACAUUAUAAAUAUCCUGUGUCUUUUUUUUGUUUUGCUAUUUAUGUGAUGUCUGUCAGGAUAUUUUUUUUACUUUAUAGAGAUUGUAAACAAAAAAUAUUUUUUUCUUGUAUUUAUGUUUCUGGAUGGUGAUACCUGUAACUAUAAACAAUGGUUGAAAUGCAAAUGUGUUCCGGUUGAAAUUUCUGAUUUACUCCCAUAAGGCUGACAGAAUGUACUGUUAAAUAUUGUACUUGUAUGAUCAAGGACCUGCUUGCAGAAAUACAAAUCUUAAAUCCUAAGCACUGUCCAUCAUUUCAAUAUAUGUGAGUUCUCUCUCUGUGCGAGUUGGGAGCUCCCGGGUUCAAGCUUAGGCAGAUAAACUAUUGUGG